GCCCCGGGCCAUGGCGCUGCCUCCGCCGCCAGCCUGAGCGGAGCCAUCGGCACGGACCGGCCGGGCCGGGAGCCGCGAGGGCGAUGGCGGACCUAACAACUCCUUCAGCCUGGACCAGUCUCAUCAACGGCUCCUUGGACCCAAGUGUUGCAGAUGACAACGUCUACAAGUGCAUAUUUGAUGAGGACUUCAAGUACGUCCUGCUGCCCGUCUCCUACGGCAUCGUGUGCGUGGUGGGGCUCUUCCUCAACCUGCUGUCCCUCUACCUCUUCAUCUUCAGGAUCAAGACCUGGAACGCCUCCACCACAUACAUGUUUAACCUGGCCAUAUCUGACACACUCUAUGUGGUCUCCUUGCCCCUUUUGGUGUACUAUUAUGCCAUGGGGGACAACUGGCCCUUCAGCGUGGGCUUGUGUAAGAUAGUCCGCUUCUUGUUUUACACCAACCUCUACUGCAGCAUCCUCUUCCUCCUCUGCAUCAGCAUCCAUCGCUUCCUGGGCAUCUGCUUCCCACUGAAGUCACUGCAGUGGGGCCACGUCCGCUACGCCCGGAGGGUGUCAGUCAUCGUGUGGGUCGUGACUGUCGUGUGCCAGUCACCCGUGCUCUUCUUCGUCACCACCAGCGUGAAGCGUGACACCGUCACGUGCCAUGACACGUCCAGCAAAGACCUCUUUGGCCAGUUUGUCAUUUACAGUUCGGUGAUGCUGGUGCUGCUCUUCUGCAUCCCUUUCCUCAUCAUCAUCAUCUGCUACUGCCUCAUGGCGCGGAGGCUGCUGCAGCCCACACGGGGGAUGUCCCGUUUAUCCCGAUCCAAGAAGAAGUCGGUCAAGAUGAUAGUUAUUGUCUUGAUGGUCUUCAUCGUUUGUUUUCUUCCUUUCCAUGUCACUCGUACCUUAUACUACUCCUUCCGGAGCUGGGACUUGAGCUGUCAGACCCUCAAUGCCAUCAAUUUAGCCUACAAGUUGACUCGUCCCCUCGCUAGCACCAAUAGCUGCUUGGACCCUAUAUUGUAUUUCUUAGCAGGACAACGAUUCAUGAAGUUCGCCAGCAGCAAGAUGCCAGGGAAGCCUCCGCACGAGAUGGCAUUGGGCAUCGUGCCCAACAGUCACCUGGAAAACAGCAAUGACACGGACACGUUGUCCAAGGAUGUGAAAUCCUAGCUCUGCUCCAGCAGAACCAGCACCAUCUCCACGGCAGAAGGGUUCAUCCCAGGUGAAGGGAAGUUCAGGGCCCAAGGCUUUUGAUGGUUGUGGUGCCUUGGCUUUGACACACUUCAGCAUGGUCUGUGUUUAAACACACUCCUCUGCUUGUUGCUCUUCCAAAUGUAUUCUUUCAGGAAGAUGCUGCUGUGGUCGCACACACAAACCCCAUAUCACCCUCUUCCUCCAAGCCUGCCUUUGUGGCCAACACUGAAUAGCAUCUCUCCACCAGUGAGGCUGGGUGACCUCUGUCACGGUGGCCGAAUCUGCUCCAAGAUAAUCACUUCCUGAAUGCUUUAGGUCAUUUUCUAAAGCAGAAAAGCUGUGUGCAAAAGGUCCCCCCGAAGAAACCCGUCUGCCUUUCUCCAGGUUCCCUGGCACGGAGGCAGCAGGGAGUCUGUGCCUUGGCAAAGGAGCAAAGGCUUUCGGUUGAUGAAAGGACUCAGCUGAGGUUCUGCUAAACAGGUCCAUGAAAAAGUCGAGCGCAAAUGCAAUGGGAACGGGUCUCUCACAGCUUCGUGCCCCUGGAAAGAUGCUUUCUCAGCUUCAAGCUUUGGUAUCUGCUGGCAGAGCAGGGAGGGCACUCCUAGUUCCUGGCCAAGGGCUGGCUUCCCAUUGCAAAGGGUGCUGCUGGACCUUCCAUCCCACUGGAGCUUACUGGUAGCAUCAAGCAGGUCCCUUGUAGGUUUCUCCAGUGGGGUCAACAUCUUCCCAAAGACCCAUUAGUGCUUCCCAACAGCGACAUCCACCCUUGAAAAGCUUUUAGGGGCCCACAGCUUCCUUUUAGCUGCUGACUUUAAUAAUCAUCUCCAGCUCAUAAAGAGUAGGGUGAGCUCUUCAUGCCUUGUUUUUAACCCCCUUACUACUGACUCAUGUUUCCAGCAAAGAAACAAAGACCGAUGGUCACCCCCUUGGCUGAUGCUGACAUAUCCUUAUUGCUGGAGGUGACAGCCCUCUGUGACCUUUAGCAGCUUGGUGGGACCCAAAAUGCUGCCCAGAUGCCGCUGUCUGUCCUCCCCAUAAUCCCAGUGCUCCGCUGGAGCCAGUCAGCAUAUCCCUUACUGACAGUGUUGACCUUCCCUGGGUUUAGGAGCCAUGCCAAUAAGCAUGGUGCUAAGCUUAAGCCCAGUCCUGUCUGGAUUUGACCUUGCUUCCCCCAUCAUCAAAGUAAAAGGGAGAAAAUACCCGUAAAACACUUCAGCAGAAGGUCCAAUUGGUCUUUCUCUCUAUAAUUAUCAUCGAAUCAUAGGAUAGUUAGGGUUGGAAAGGACCUUGAGAUCAUGCAGUUCCAGCCCCCCUGCCCAGCUCCAUGGGUUCCUUGCCCAGCCUUGCCACGAGGAUGCUGAUUCCUCACCCCAGAACUGGAAACUGCUUGUUCUGCUUCUUGUAAGAGCAGCCCUGGGUCUAUUUUAGGCUCAGGCAAACCUUUGAUCCUGGGUUAGACCCAUUCCUCAGACCUCUUCUUAAGCCUCUGCCAUCUUGUGAAGUGGUUUGGUGAAGAUAAAGAGACACCGCAACGCGACCGGAGUUCAAACCAGGGUGAUUGGGACCAUUGAGGGUUAAUGGGGAGGUUCCUGUGGUCCCGGCUUGCUGGAGACGUGGUCCUAUGGAGGGCUCCCGUCCCAACCAACACUGUCCCAACCACAGGAGGCAAAGGAAGGGAUUAUCUCAGCUCUGGGCACAUCAGCAAAGUAAAAUGGGACAUUUGUGGUGUGAUUCAUCCCAUCUUCGAGAGGAUGGGGUUGCGUUAAGAUAGGGCUUGCACUGUGGCAGCGCCUUUUAUUCCCUGUGCCUGUGAAGGGAUCUUUAUGGGAAGGAUCACGGCAAAGUCACAGAGGUGAGAUAUGAUAGGGAGAAAUGAAUGCAACUGAAGCUCUGAGCUGGUACAAACUACUC